AUGGCCGGACACGAGUCGAGCGGAUCGACGAUGGACAUAUCGCAAUUGGAAAAGAGCUUCCCAGCGCCACCCGAAUCAAGCCACGGCGAUCGCAAGUCUCUACCCGAGCUUCCAUUAUUAGCAGAGAUCCAAAGCUUCAGCCAGAUCGAGAGCCCGGCAUCCAGCGAUGAUCUCUCAACAUCGACGCCCAGCAGCAGCGGUAGCAGCAGUAGUAGCAUGAUAAUGUCGCCGUCACUGAAAAUUCCGGAGGACAAGGAACUGCCGCCGCCGUUUGGGAUACAGUUGAAGAAGGUGCAUCCGCCGAGUCCGAUAUCCAAGGAGGCGCCAAGGCCCAUGACAGCUUCUACGAGGCGGCUGUCGUUCUCGAGCAUACCGGAGCCGAAGCGGAGGAUCAGGUAUGGCACGGGCAAGUACGCAGGUGUCGAGUUGUCGCCGCAGCCGAGUGAUAACCCGGAAGACCCGCUGAACUGGCCGAUGUGGAAGAAGCACAUGAAUUUCCUCACGCUGCUCUCGAUGGUUGCGCUCGUCGGGGCGAUGAAGACGGCGUUUGUGACCGUGAACAGCUUCGUCGCCAUCGACGAGGGCGUCUCGUACACGGCGGCAGUCGGUCUGACUGCUGUUCCCUUGAUGGUCUCCGCGCUCACGGGCAUGACGAGUACGAUUGUCGCAAAGAUCUGGGGUAAAAGACCGAUCUACCUGGUCUCCUCGAUACUGAUCUUCGCCGGCGCCGUCUGGAACAUUAUGGUGAGGGGCGACCUGGCCCAGAACAUGGGCGCGAGGGUGUUGCAGGGCUUGGGAUGGGGUGCUUUCGACACUUUGGUCGUGGCGUCAAUUCGUGACACUUACUUCGAACAUGAGCGGCAGUCUUACACUCUGAUCUACCACGCCGUAUCGGUCGGCACGACCUGGGGCUCGCCAUUACUCGGCGGCGUUGCUUCGAAUGGUCCGAUGGGCUUCGCCCUGCAGUUUGAGAUCGUUACCUGCUUUCUGGUGGUGCUGACCCCACUGCUCGUCCUCGCUGUGCCCGAGACCAGCUUCGCUCGCUCAAGUUUCAGCUUAGCAUCACCUACUAUUACCCGAUCGCAGUCCCUCGGCCCCAAGUCUGCCUUUUCAAAAGAUGCCGUCGUGGGGUACCUCAGCAACAUAAAGCUGUUAUCGUACAAGGCGCAGCAAGUCGACUCGGCUCUACUCACGCAGGCACCACGAGCCAUGCUCGCACCAUCGACACUGCUCCUCUUUGCGGUAACUCUCCUCCCCUACGUCGGACUCUGGAGCCUAACGAGCUCGCUCUCCCUGCUCUUCUCGCCCAUGCCCUUCAUGUUCUCCGAGGCAUCCACGGGCGCCCUCAUGACCGGCCCAUUCAUACUAGCGACCGCCGUAGCGAUAGCGUCGUCCCUCCCGUUUUUCCAGGGGAGCUUCACGCCCACCGUCCACUACACCCUCCUCGCCACCGGCACGGCCUUCGCCGCCGUCGGCAUCUUCGGCUUCGGCCUGUAUCUCGAGGGCAGCAUGCAGAUGCCGACCGACGGCUCCGGCCAGCCCAACAGCACGCCGUACGGCCUGUCGUUCAUGGGCGCGCGCCUCAGCUUCCCCAUCGUCUCGCUCUUGCUGGGAUUCCUCGCGGCCGGGUCGCUGGCUCUGGACGCGUGCAUUCAACCUGUCAUCCAGCGCUCGACGAACUUCACAUCUGCUGACGUGGAAGUUGGCCUGCGCAACGCGGCUGAUAUGCAGGCUGGACUGAUGUGUAUGCGCAAUUUGGUUGCCGGCGCUUUCAUCCUUGGUGUUCCGAACAUGGUCUGGGAGUGGGAAGGCCUCAAAGCCGUCGCGGUCGGCAUGGGCGCGGCGCAGCUGUUCGUCGCUGCUGCUGCCUGCGGCGUGUGGUGGUCCUGGGACGAGAACGUCAAGCGUCUUGAUGGGCGCGUGAUGCGACUUGUAGAUCUGUUGGGCCUGAAGAAGCAGGGGAGCUUCUUUGAUAUGGACUAG